AUGCCAAUGUUACAACGUGCGAGUGUGAUCACUUGACCAUCUUCGCUGUCUUAGUGAACAACAAGCCGGUUCAAGCCGCUGAACAUCAACAUUACCUUGAAUACAUUUCCACGAUAGGCUGCGCAUGCUCUCUGCUGUUCCUUUUGCUGACCUUUUCAGUGAUUGUGUUGUGCUGGAAACAAGUAAAGAGUAUUCGAGUCAUAAUGCUACUUAACCUUUGUAUGGCCAUUGCUGCUUCUUGUCUUUUUAUCAUCUUAGCUGGAUAUGCAGAAAACAUAGAGAUGUUAUGUACAGUCACUGCAGUAUGUCUCCAUUAUUUCCUGUUAUGUGUAUUUUCAUGGAUGUUGGGUCAUGCUGUCAUCUUAUAUUUCCUGAUCAUCAAAGUUGAGACGCAAAACAAUCUUAAGUCAAGGAUGAAAUGGAUCUACGCUUUUGGAUGGGUUUUCCCUCUGCCAAUUGUGGCCGUGUCAUUGGUUUUGACUGGUACAGAGAAUUACGCAGCCGAUAACUGCUGGCUUCCAAACGAGUAUGGGAUCAUUUACUGGACCUUCGUUGCCCCAGUUGCGAUAAUCGUGCUGAUCAACUCGAUUUUGUUAAUUGUCUUACUACAUCGUAUAAACAGAGCUUCAAGGUUCAAGGAAAGUAUGACACGUGUCAAGCACGUGAAGGCUUGGUUACGACGCUCUGCCAUGCUACUGCCUCUACUGGGAGUCACGUGGUCAUUUGGCUUUCUGACGUUCAUUUCUUCCACAGUUGUUUUCCAUUACAUUUUCACCAUAUUGAACUCGCUUCAAGGAUUAUUCAUCUUUCUCAAUUUUUGCAUCUUAGACGAUGCGUUCAGAGAAUCUAUAGUCACUACGUUGUGUAAGGCCAUGUAUCCAAAGGAAAAUUCAGACCUGCGCAGUAGACAUGAAUUAAGAAGAUCUACUCUUGCGCAAACACAAAUCGCAGUUUCUAAUGACAAAAAGAUUAAUGCAAGUCGACAAGAAGGAUUUCAUGACCUCACAAAUAAGAAGGAC